CUUUUAAAAACUGUUCUAAAUUUAUUUAAUUUUAGUCAAAAAUUAGAAAAUGUUGGUUAGGCGUUGGAUUUGUCUACCGAAUUCAUAUCGACUGUUUAAAAAAUUAUCUCAUAGACCAAUUUCACAUACUGUCGGUUUAAGGCCACCGACGGUAUGUAAUUGUAUUAGAAACGGGCAGUACAGAUAUGUGAAUACAGAUGAUGCCAAAAUAUCCGAAAAUGUUACUAACAAGGAUAACACAUUACGUGAAAGUGUUUCCCUUUUUCCGAAUAAAUCUUUUAAACUAUACAAUUCAUCAAUGGCUUCAGAGGAGCUAUUAGAAAAAUUGAUAGCAGGUUUAUCAAGUGAUAUACAUCAGAAGAGAAGGGUAUAUAAGAAUGAUUUUAUCAGAGUGUUAAAUAAGGUGAAAGAGUUAAAUUUCUCUACCAAAAAGCAAGGCUUGCUCCUAAUAAGCUGUUGUGCGGAAUUACUACCAGAUGAAACUCCAUCCUGUAGAAUGGAUUUGAUUGAACAGGUUUGGAUAGCAUUAAAGCCACAUACAGAAUUUGGUGUAGAACAUUACAAUGAGUUACUGAGAGUAUACAUUGCUAAUAAUAGAACACUGAAUGUUAGCUCAUUUAUCCAACAAAUGGGUAAAGUGAAACCAAAUACUUUAACAUAUGAAUUGAUUCUUGAAGCUCUUGGGGAGGUUGGAGAUCUCAAUCAAGCAACGGAAGUUAUAGCCAAUAUGAAAGCUGCAGGUUUACCAGCAACAGAAGAGAUUUUUAAUUCCUUGAUUAUGUGUCAAGGAAAAUCUGGUAAUUUAGCAAACAUCAAAGAAGUCCUAACAAUGAUGAAAUCUCUAAAGCUUGAACCAUCGGUAGACACUUAUACAGCUACUAUCAGAGCAUAUGCAUUUAAUAAAAAACAGGAUCUAGUUUUGAAAGAAAUGCAAAAAGCCCAACAAAAUGGAUUACAGUUUAGUGAAAUGCAUAUAAUGAAGAUUGUGAAAAUGUUAGCCUCAGUUGGCUUGUAUGAAGCAAUUCCUAAGGCUCUUAAAUUCUUACCGGAAGAUAUUCUCAAAACACCAUCUAUAUCACCUUAUAUGCAGAGUGUUUCUACAGCAUUGGUGUUCCAAAAUCACCCUGUAGCUGCUUUAGAAAUAUAUAAAUGUCUGCCUUUACCUUCAUUUGGCCCUAAAGAUGACCAGGGUUUGCAUGGACGAAGUUUAGUUAGAGAUUGUGUGAAGGCUUCAAUAGGUUCUGGUGUUAUAAGUCUUAUUGCUGAAGAACUGAUGUCAUCUGGUAGGAAUCCUAUAGCAUUACAGAAUGCUUGUGAAGCAGCACUACAGUUGGGUAAAGUUCCGUUGGCAUUGGACUUGUUUACACGGAUGAAACAAAUGGGUAUGCCCGUCAGACCACAUUAUUUUUGGCCUAUAUUACUUCACACAUCAAAGACAUAUGGAGAAAAAGGUAUAAUGAAUACACUGUCAACGAUGGUUAAAAUGGAUGUCAAACCUGAUUAUGAGACUAUAAUGACAUAUACAUUGCCAUAUGUCAGUUUCACGUCUCCGCAGAAUCUGAUGAAGAAGUUCCAAGAUACAGGUCUAUCUGUAUCCACGGUACUUACUCCUAUGAUGGAAACACUAUUAAAUACAGGACAAGUGAGAGCCGCUAGUGAAAUCUGUGAAUUAUUUGAAGGAAAAGUGGAUACAGAUGUUCUAUUACGAUCAGUUGUAAAAGGUUAUCUGAUUAGUUUGGAUGUGAAAUCAACUAUACAUAUCCUAGAGGAUGUCACUGCUAAAGCUAUGGAUAAAAACAAAGACUGGGUGGGCAGGUUUCUGUGUGUUUUUAUGAGGCAUAAGAAAGUUAAGGAGGAUCUCUCAGAUUUUAUGGCAAUUGUACAGGCUUUGAAAGAAACAUCACUUAAGAUAUCGACUUCCGCGGCUGAUUAUUGUAUAUCUAGACUUCCAGAAAUCUAUGACCAGCAAACUACUGAGAAUUUUAGGAACAAUCUCAUUGAUAUCACGGAUGAAAGAUUGAUAGACGACAGCGAUAUCUUCGUACAGCAAAUGCUGCAUCCAAAAAACAUGAACGAAGUAUCACUAAGGGCCCAUCUGAACGAAUUGGAGGCAAAGGGCAUGAACACACGCGGCGUACUGCGCAAGUUACUACAACAGUACUGCAGAGAGAACAACUUGCCUGCAGCACUUGAAAUACUUGAUAAGUGUAAAAAGGAAGGAGUAUUCUUAUCAGCGGGUAUGAAGGCAGCCAUAUUCGAUCUUCACGUGAAGCUGGGAGAAUUAGAAGCGGCUGAGUUAGCACUUGUCGAUCUCAACAAAUCCUUUCCUAAUUUUACCCUAGAUGAGUUUAAAGUGAUAGAUUUCGCUACCCUAAUGGUAUAUAGGAACAGGAUAAAACCAGCUUUCGAUUUGAUAAGUGAACAAUCUAAGAAUCGACGUGUGAUCGGAGGUAGAAGUGUGUCUAUGAACUGUUGGCGUCUGUUGAGCGCGAUGGCGUCGCACGGCAACGUCGACGACACUCGUCGUAUGUUCCACUUGCUCACUGAACUGCGCUACUGCAAGCCCACCAAUACUGUACUGGGGCCACUCGUACGAGUGCACUUGAACGAUAACAACAUAGAAGCCGCUACAAAGGAAUUUGUUACCUUAGCGAAUAAAUAUAACAAAACUCCAUUAAAACAUGAAUUGUUGUGCAAAAUAUUGACGACUAUGGGAGAUGGCGGCUCUGAAGAAACUUUCAUUAUAAAUGAAAAAAGUAAUGGCAGUAUGAACAAAUUGGUACAGAAAGUGUUAAAUAUUGAUAAGAAAGUUCACGGUCCGGGAGAUGUACAGCUUACUUUAAUGGCUGCCUUAGCGGACGUUGGUUAUAAACGAACUCUACGCAAGAUGCUUUUGGACCCCAAAGUAAAGUUCCAUCCAGACGCCUUACUGAGGCACUGCGAAAGAUUUGCCGAUGAGAAGAAAAUCUCUGCCUUGGAGACUGUAGCUGAAUGCGUCAAGGAUCUACGAUUUUUUAACGUUCAAGAUUUAUAUAAUAUGAUGCUUGAAGUUUAUCAACGUGAUAACAAUUAUAAAGACGGGCUCGCUCUUUGGACUAAAAUGCAAGAAGCAGAUGUGACACCAUCUCAAAAGUUUAUACGUAACCUUUGCUCGCUUUGUACUGCCAAUAAUAAAGAUAUACCAGCGGAUCUAGCUGUUCUACUUGACAAGGAGACCAGGCAAGCUAUUCCAUAAUUUUAUUAAUUUAAAAUCUUAUA